AUGGCUGCUCAGAGAGGCAUCGUAGGAUUGCUUCUAGGCUUGAGUUCGGGGCGUUUUGGUGAAGUUUCUGUUAACAAACAGGAAUAUAAGGAAUAUACACUUCUCAGAUACAUUCAGGAACAAGAAUUGCAAACAUAUGCCGCACUGCAGGUACGUUCUAUUGAUCUGAUCAAGACCAGAAAAGGACAGAAUCGCCAGGAGCAUCACACAGAUGGCUUCUUUAGCAAUCAUCUUAUCGUCCGUAGAGGACAGUGUUUCCAGAUGUCUGUUGAGCUCUCUCGACCCUUCGUUCCAAACAGAGACCAACUUCACCUGGAGCUGAGACUUGGAAAUGUCAUACCAGUGCACAAGGACAGUUUUGUGAUCGUUCCACUGGUGUCGGAAUUCAGGAAAGAAGCCUGGGAGGCAAAAAUCGUCGAGCAGGCAAAAACCACAAUCAGACUUGCGGUUUAUUCUCUUCCAACGGCUUGUAUUGGACGGUACAAGCUCAAUGUUGUAACAAACUGUCCAGCAGGAAAGGCCACUUCACCAGACACUCCUGAAAAUGACAUUUACAUGCUCUGCAACCCUUGGUGCAAAGAUGACUCUGUGCACAUGAAUGAUGAGGCUGAGAGGACUGAGUAUAUACUAAAUGAUAUGGGCAAACUCUACUAUGGAACUGAGCAACAGAUUGGUACCAGAACCUGGAAUUUCGGACAGUUUGAUGAAGGAGUCUUGGCUGCGUGUUUCUUUGUGCUGGAGAAGAGUAGCAGCCCUUGCUCAGGAUGGGGAGAUCCUGUUAAUGUGGUCAGAGUGGUAUCUGCCAUGGUUAAUUCCAACGAUGAUCAAGGCGUGCUGAUGGGUAACUGGAAAGCGACCUGUGAGGGGGGAAUUUCUCCUACAGUUUGGAGCGGCAGCAGUGCCAUCCUGAAACAGUACCACAGCAGUGGAGGAGUCCCUGUCAAAUAUGGACAGUGCUGGGUCUUUGCUGGAGUCACCAACACGAUGCUGAGGUGUUUCGGCAUUCCCACUCGUCCGGUCUCAAACUUCAGUUCUGCUCACGACACUGACGCUUCAUUGACGACAGACGUUUAUUUAGACGAGAAUUUAGAAGAGAUUAAACAUCUUAACCGUGAUUCAAUCUGGAACUUCCACGUGUGGAAUGAGGCCUGGAUGACUCGGCCGGACCUGCCCUCAGGUUACGGAGGUUGGCAGGUGGUUGAUGCGACUCCUCAGGAGACCAGCCAGGGCUUCUUCCGCUGCGGCCCCACUUCUGUGGCUGCGGUCCGCACAGGACAGGUCUACCUCAAAUAUGACACUCCCUUCGUUUUUGCUGAGGUGAACAGCGAUAAAAUCUACUGGCAGCGCAAAAAUAACGGGACCUUCACUGUGAUUCGGGUUGACAAGAGUGCCGUAGGUCACUGCAUCAGCACCAAAGCUGUCGGCUCAGAUGAACGUGUAGACAUUACCCACCUCUACAAAUAUGCAGAAGGUUCGGCGGAAGAGCGCACCGCUGUGGAAACGGCCUGUAGAUACGGCUCCAAGCGGUCCACCUACUCUCCCGCCGGUGACAGCGACGUGACGCUUGACAUUGCUAUGGAGGAUAAAGGACUGUGUGUUGGUCAGGAUGCUGUUCUGAACAUCGUUCUGAAGAACAACAGCAGCUCACCUCGCAGUGUCAAUCUCUACAGCCAGGUGUCAGCCACGUACCACACUGCAGUCAACAGGACCUUCCUGAAGAAAGACCAGACCAGUGUUGAGCUCAAGCCUCAUGAGGUCCAGUCUCUGGAGUGGUCGCUGCAGUAUGAGGACUAUAAGGAUCAUCUGGUGGGUCACGCAGCGCUGAUGCUCACUCUCUCUGGACGGGUCACUGAGACUAAACAAACUCUGGCCAAACAGUUCAACUUCAGGCUGCGCACACCAGACCUCAUCAUCACCCCUGUAAGUGAUGCCGUGCUGGGCAGAGAGCUGAAAGUCAAAAUUAAGUUCCAGAACCCACUGCCCUGCGUGCUGAAGAACGUCAUAUUCCGGAUCGAAGGACUGGGAAUGCAGCAUGUCAAAACCAUUCACUAUGGUGAUAUUGCAGACCGAGCCUCGAUGUGUCUGACGGAGACAGUUGUUCCCAAACGGUCCGGCCCACAAAAGCUUUUAGCGACUCUUGACUGUCCUCAGCUCACUCAGGUGCACGGAGUCACAGACAUCCUUGUCAAAGAUCACUGAACAAUCUUACCUUCAUCUAACCAGUGCAAACAUCUACGUUCUUAAAGCACUGGCGAUGGCUUCGGCAUUUUAGUGCAAAACGUGUUUGACCUAAUUUAUGCAAUACAAGCAAAGUUAGCCUUUGCUUAUAGAUGUAUGCCAAUCAAUAAAAGGAAAAACAAAACUUUUUUGUCAUCAUUGAUAGCUCUUCAUAUUCUAGAUUACACAUUAGCAUUUCAUAAAUCAUUCGUUUUAUUCUACACCUCAAAGUCAAACUUAAAACCAUUGCAUCCCUCAGCCUUAAAUUUUUAUAUAACGAUAGAGUUAAUCAUAAUCAACCCAGUUCAUCAUUAUCACCUGUCUUUGUACUGUAAAUGAACAUUUACACACACAGGCAUUUACGUGUUUAAAGCAGUCACAUUUAUUGGCCUCUUCUAUGCACAUUUACUAAACAGCCAGACAAGCUGGCAAAUGGUUUUAGAGACAUUUUACAAUGGG